AUGGCUCAGUGGCUAAAAGCAUUUGCUGUCAAGUCUGAUGACUUCAGUUCCCGGAACCUUGUGAGACUUGAGAAUCUCCUUCCACCGUGUAGGUUUCCGGGGACUGGUAGAGUGCUUACCCAGGGCGUGUUCAAGGCCCAGGGCUUGAUCCUCGGUGCACCAAGAACCGGAUGUGGUGGUACACGACAACCUGUAGCCCCCAGCAUUCCAGAGCUAGAGCUAGAAGUUCAGUUAUCCUCAGCUUCACACUGUGUAACUAACCUGGGCAAACAGCUUGACAUUGGGCCACCGUACAAUCUGAAUGAGGCGUGCAUCCAAGGAUGUCAGUUUUGGAGCUCUGUAGAUCAGGAAAAGUGUGCAUUAAAGUGUAAUGAUACUUACACCACCAUUUCUGAGAGGGAGGCCUGUGAGGUCGGCUGCAGCACUGCAGAGGGCACCUACGAAGAGGAAGUGCUGGAAAGUACAGAGCUCCCGACAGCACCCUUUGCGUCUUCCAUUGGAACUCACAGCGUGACAUUACGAUGGAACCCUGCCAACAUCUCUGGAGUAAAAUACAUCAUCCAGUGGAAAUAUGACCGGCUUCCAGGAAGCUGGACAUACACAGAGACUGUGCCCAAGCUCUCAUACGUGGUGGAGCCCCUGCAUCCGUUCACUGAUAUAUUUUCCGAGGGGUUUGGAUCUUCACAGCCAGCUGCAUCUUUAUUCCCCACCAAGUCCCAGUUAUAGAACUCAUCCUU